UAAAAGAAAAUGAAAGCCUCCGUCUGAAACAGCAGAAACCUCUGUCUGGUCUUGAAACUCAAAAACCCUAUCUUCAUUCUAAACCCAAAACUCAAUCCUCUCUCUGCAACCCAAAAAGAGAAUGGUGAUCCUCCGAUGUCGAUUCAUAACGAUAAAUCUCGCUCCUAUACGACCUUCACACUUCCAAUCACACAAAAUCCUCCACACAACCCGAUUCUUCCGUACUCCGAAUCUCAUAUCUACCCCACGAAUCACAUCUUCCUCUCUCCCCACGACCCGUUCCAUCUCCGACGAAGCUAGAUUCGCUCGCUCCGUCCGGUUCAUACCUCCCGGCGUCGAAAUCGAGGAGUUAACAGAUGAUAUGGUGCUUCCGGGCUCCAACAUCGUAAUCGGACCUUUCGCGGGCCACUCCCAGAUCAAACAAGUCGAGUUCGUCAAGAGCAGCGCUCGUGCUCGAGACUGUCCUAAAGACGACCUUCCCGAGAUUGCCAUCUUGGGUCGUUCCAAUGUCGGAAAAUCUUCGCUUAUCAACUGUUUGGUCCGUAAAAAAGAAGUCGCUCUCACUUCCAAGAAACCUGGAAAGACUCAGCUUAUCAAUCACUUCUUGGUGAAUAAGAGUUGGUACAUUGUGGAUUUGCCUGGUUAUGGGUUUGCUAAAGUGUCAGAUGCUGCGAAGACGGAUUGGUCUGCGUUUACUAAAGGUUACUUCUUGAAUAGAGACACACUUGUUUGUGUGCUUCUUCUGAUUGAUGCAAGUGUUCCUCCUCAGAAGAUUGAUCUUGAUUGUGCGAAUUGGCUCGGUCGCAACAAUGUACCGUUGACUUUUGUGUUUACGAAGUGUGAUAAAAUGAAGGCGGCGAAAGGGAAGAGACCUGAUGAGAACAUUAAAGCUUUUCAACAGAUCAUUAGAGAAAAUUUUAAACAACACCCUCCUUGGAUUUUGACGAGUAGUGUGUCUGGUUUGGGCAGAGACGAGCUUCUCCUUCACAUGUCGCAGCUGAGAAACUAUUGGGAUCAAUAGAGAGAGAGAGAGUGCGUGGAACAUAAGAUAGAUGUUUUGUAAUGUUAUCAGUUAACAUGUUUGUGUUCUCUCUCUUUGUAU